GAAAAGCAGGAAUGAAGCAAAAAUGAAUAGCGAAUCGCUGACCGAUGCAGAAAAGCACAUAAGAAAUGGAGCCAUUCCGAAAAGCAAACGGAAGAUAGCCUUUAAGGAUGAAUGCACCAUUACAGGAAAUCGCAUGGACGGAAGGAGUGAAGAUGAUGUGUUCAGGUAUGAAGUCGCUAUUGGUCAAGUAUCCCACUCUAUCAAUGGCUAUCCUUCAGAUUAUGAGAGGAUGGACCGUAUCGGGGUGUCCUCGACCAGUAAUGGUGAUAGUGGCAUCUUCAUAUACGAGACGCCAGAGAGAUUGGAGAGCUUCCCGAAUCCGAUUGUUCAUCAUGUUCAUGGAGACAGCACGAACAUCGGACAGGCCUUUGGCGAUCUUGCAUGCAGUAACAGUCUUCGCAGAAAGGAAAAUACUGGUGAGGAUGCGGGCGUCGAUCGCCAGGAUUACUUUACUGGGGACGAAGGUUUGGAAGGUUUAAGAAGCAGUUCUAUGACAAGUGAAAUCGAUUACGUGCUAUCUUCUCAAAAGCGUAGACUCCCCGCGAAAUAUGGGAGUAUUGGUGAAACCCCAUGGGGGACCACUGAACGAGGGAGAUCUAGGAACAUCGAUGAGAGCAAGACCUACCAGGAAAGAAGUCAAAUAAAGGAUGACCGGCAACAUGGGUUGGGAAAACGGGAUCAGAGUAAUCAGGGUCACAGAGGUGACGAAUUUCGACGGACCACCAUGGGUGAAACACCUGCUGAAGGAACGCUCCAUGAACAGCCUGGGCCAAAGAGCGGCAGGAUGAGGACAGAGAGCGACAGGAUGAGGACAGAUACUGGUAGCAGGGGAAGGGAUGAAGGUACUGCAUCUUCAAGGAAUCAGCGCUUGUCGAAGACAGUGGAUGUGACUGAAGACAUUUCGAAGAAGUGGCCAUUUCUCCUAUGGAUCAUGUUUAAGUUCCUGGGGCUGUUUUGGGCCAGACCCGUCAUUGAGGAGCGAUAUUGCCACCAGUGUUACCGUAGGAGAAUGGAGGAAGUCAUCGACCUGGUCCACAGUCGGUCCCCAGAACAGAAACAUGCACCAUCAGGUCAUCUCUCGUACUUCCACGCGCCAGAGAUCGGCAUCAAUGAUUCGAUAAUUGCCAAAAAUCCAAACGAGUCGUCUGACUUUCGUCACGAGUGUGACUCGAAUCCUCUGCUCAAUGGUGAAGCCCAGAUUGGCGACGCCGAGGUUGACCAUGGACGCGUGCGCAGUGGGGGAUACUGCGUCAACGACCACGACGGCGAUGAUGGCGUGACAGGGGAAAGGGAAAAGAGUGGGCGAUGUCGAGUUUGUGACGCACUGUGGUGGACAGGGAAGGGACAAUACUUUAAGUACACAGAUAAAUCAAUUGGUCUGAAAUCAUGGAACCACAGAGGAAGUGGGAUUCUGUCGAUGUUCCUCCUUGUUACUUACCUCUCCCUCAUUCUCUACGAUGCUGGCCACUACGGAAGCAUCUACUGGGGCAAGAAAGAGGAUCUCAUCCGAUAUAUCAGCUACAUGUCGUACCUGAUCUUUGCGGCAAGUACCCCAGCAGUCUGCCUCCUCGCUCUCAUCCGGAAUGCCGUCACUAACCCUGCUCAGUGUUUUAGCCAAUGGCCACGCACCCUCGACAUCAGGUACGUGGUGCGGAGACUUCAAUAUCUGGACCUUGAGAGAAGAGGGCUUCCUAACAAGCCAUUCCUGCUGGCCUGCACAGUAUUCCCACUCCUUAUUGCCAUCUACAGACUCAUGUUCUAUGUUGUACUCUUGAAAACCAGCGUAAAGUUUCAAAGAUAUUUGGCAUGUGCAACAACUGCCAUUGGGCUCUCGCUCUAUGGUUUCUUCUCCUACUUCAUCUACCUUAUGAGGAUCUCAUUCAAAGCUCAUCUAAAGCUCGACAUUCACUUCAUACGGAACCAUGUUGGCCAGUUGGACGUUUGCAGGGCAAAGAUGUCAACCACGGUGCAGGACUUUCUCAAUUUACGACAACUUGCCAACGGGUUCAUGGUGAUGGUCUGUGGUGUAACAACAUGGGCCAUUGCAACACAGAUAACCUGGAACUACUUGUUAUUCAGUGGCGUCUACCUGGACCCCAACGAGUCUCGCUACAACUGGAGCAUCCAAAUGUAUAUUAACGGCCUCAUGGCGAUGGAGAACACCUUGUUCUUUUUACUUCCAUGUUUCGCCAUUGGCGGCUUCAGCGUCAACAUCAUCUGGAUCCGCUUCAGGUACCGCCUGCUAGAGCUCCGACGUGCUCGUCACGAGCAUUUCUGGUACCGUCUUCUGCAGUUCAUCAAGGAGCAGGACCCCAUCAAGAGUUCCAUGCAGGUGACCAUGCUCUUUACCCUCAUCGGUCUGUUUGUAGCACUUCAGUUUGGAGAGCAGAAUAUCUAUUACUAUUUCAGUAAUGUUACAGCCCAUAAUAUCAUGCCGAUUCCUCCUAAGUUUUUGCACAACCUUCCUCCCCAGCCUGAAGGUGGAUUACAGCAUGUGUUAUUGCCCUGAAUAUUAGCCCAUUGUUGCUUGGCUGAUUAUGCUAAAACAGGCAUUUUCAAUCCAAUGGAUUAGCAUGGAUGGCAGCAGUGGGAUAUGAGCCCAUUGCAUUGUAAUGACUAGUCAGUGAAUUUUCCUUCAUUAAAGGUCAAGUCCAUCCCAGAAAAAUCAAAAUUUUGCUGAAAAUUUCAUCAAAAUCGGAUGUAAAAUAAAGUUAUGUCAUUUCAAAAUUUCGUUUAUUUUUCACAAAACAGUGAUAUGUACAACCCAGUGACAUGCAAAUGAAACAGACUAUGAUGUCCCUCACUAUUUUUUUUUGGUCGUUUUAAUUCUACAAUAUUUCAUUUUUUUACAGAUUUGACAAUAAGGACCAACUGGACUGAACCAUAUAGUAUUAAACAAAAUUGAAUGCUUAUUCCACAUGUUCAGGGAGAAAUAAAUCGUUGUUUCACUUGACAAAGAGGAGAAAAUGAGAAUAUUUCAUAUAAUGAAAUAGUGAGUGGAUGAUGUCAUCAGUCUCCUCAUUUGCAUACACUGACCAGGAUGUGUAUAUAACUGUUUUGUGAAACUAAGAGAAAAUUUAAAAUGUCAUAACUUUCUUAUUUUACAAUUACAUCCAAUUUUAAUGAAAUUUUCACUGUUAUGCUUGUUGGAUUUUUCUCUAUUUAUGCAAAUCAACUUUUUGUUGGGGUGGACUUGUCCUUUAACGUUGUGGCAGGAGUGGGAUCAAAACCCAAAGCAUUGAAACUAGUUAGUGGAUUCUCGAUCGUCCAUUAAAAUGGUGGCAGCAGUGGGAUAGACCCAUUGCAUUGAAAUGACUAGUGAAUUUUAUGGUGGCAGCAGUGGGAUAGCCCAUUGAAUUGAAAUGACUAGAUAGUGGAUUCUCCUUCAUUAACUUGGUGGCAGCGGUGGGGUAGAAACCUAUUGCACUGAAAUGACUAGUUAGUGGAUGCUCCUUCAUUAACAUGGUGGCAGCCAUGGGAUCUAUUGCUUUGAAAUGACUAGUUAGUGGAUUCUCCUUCAUUAACAUAGUGGCAGCGGUGGGAUAGUCCUAUUGCAUUGGAAUGACUAGUUAGUGGAUUCUCCCUCAUUAACAUUGUAGCAGGGGUGGGAUAAAACCCAUUGCAUUGAAAUGACUAGUUAGUGGAUGCUCCCUCAUUAACAAUGUGGCAGUGGUGGGAUACAAACCCAUUACAUCAAAAUGACUAGUUAGUAGAUUCUCUGUUUUUCAUCAC